AUGGCUUCAGACGCCCCGGCUCACCAAGGGAUGGACCCCUACAUCAUCGAGGCAUUGACCUAUCUCGCCUUUUGCAUUCUUCUCAUCGCCUUUCGAACAUAUUGUCGGAUGAGGCAAGGAGGCGUCAGCGCUCUGGGCCCGGAGGACUAUCUCAUGAUCAUCAGCAUUCUACCAUUUAUAGCCGAGACCACGAUAGCGUACAAAGUGGGCGAGACUUUCCAUGGUCUCACGAACAGCGACAUGACGGACGAGGAACGCGAGUCACUCUCACCCGACAGCCACGAGUAUGCGUUGAGAGUGGGCGGCUCAAAGGCCAUUAUUGGAGGAUGGUCAAUGUACAUGACACUCAUUUGGAUGCUCAAGGCAUCAAUGUGCUCAUUUUAUUUACGCCUGACGUCCGGUCUUCCCGGUUACAGGAAGCGUGUUUACAUUGGCUUCGUGAGCAUCGUUGUCUCAUACAUUAUAUGCAUGUGCUCGGUACUAUUGAGCUGCCAGCCAUUUCACAGGUUCUGGCAAAUUAAUCCGUACCCUGGCAAUUUUUGCGAGCCAGCAGUGAAUAAACUCACGAUCCACCUGUCUAUGUACCUUAAUUUCCUCACCGACAUGUAUCUCUUUCUCAUACCUAUCCCCAUGCUCUGGACAGCUCAACUUCCCAAGGCGAAAAAGAUUGGGCUAGUCGUUUUAUUCUCCGGUGGUCUUUUGACCAUGAUCUUCGGAUUCCUCAGAGGCAUCGCCAUCCUCAAGAGCGAUGCUACGGGACCCAAAGAAGGAGCUGCCUGGGCUUGCCGGGAAUCCUUCGUCGCAAUCACGACGACAAACCUGCCAAUGACGUGGGGCUGGAUAAGAGAGAAGCUCCGUCCAUUCCUCGGAUCCCUCAUCUCUACAAACAAAUCCCGGACACCGAAGUAUGGCAAGAGAACUGGCCCGCAACCAGGAAGCAUGGCUUUGGAUGACAGGUCCGAAAACUGGGGGAUAUCGCAAACCAAGGCUACGAUUUUUAGUGAACCGGGAAGUGGGAAGAACUCUACAGACGAAGAGGCCAUGUUGCCGCGGAGCACCAGCUCCAUGGGCGGAAUUCUGAAAGAAGUUGAGCUGAGCGUGUCGUCUAGCACACGGAAGUCCGCGAUGGGAUUAUAG